AUGGAAUUCACAUUCCAUUAAGUAAUUCUUAUUUAAUAAUAUCUAUUUACUUGUUAUAUAAUUGUCACCAAAGAAUAUCUUACUUAUUCACUCUUAGGUCCUAAUUCUUAAGCAAAGUUUCUCACUCAGCACUAACCAUAUCUUCUAUUUUUAUAACAACCAUUGGUUUUAGGACUCAUCUUGAAGGAUAUCUGGAGGCAUCUUAAUUCCUUCGAUAAUUUUGAUCAUCUGUUCAAAUUCCUUUAUGUUUUUAGAUAUAUUUUAUUUCAGUCCUCAAUUAUUCUUACAUUUUAUGGGAAAAUCAUACAAAUUCCACUUACUUUAUCAUUUCUAUUAUUCUUUUUCUCUAUAUUUUAAAUUUUGAAACUUAUGAUUUAUUUUUUAAUUUCGCUAUGA